AUGAACAUUGAAAGUGCUAGUGAAAGUAUUGGAGGGUACAAACAACUCAGGAGGGCAGUGACUAUUGAUAGCACCGUGGGAAGAGAAACCUUCCUUGUAGCCACUUGGCAAGCUGCUGAACCACCUGAGAUCAAUCUGGUUGAUCCCAAUCAGAAAAGCUACACCAGCAAGGACUUUGUCUCUGAUUUGGUUUUCCAUGUAGCAUGUCUCCAGAUUCCAGGAAUUGCAGAGGUGAGUCACGGCUUUUCCCCUGUUCUUGGAGCAAGCGUGACUGCUGUCAUCAGUCCAGAGAAUGGAGAUCCCAUUUCCUUGGAACUUCUGGACAAUGGAGCAGGUUCUGACAUUGUUAAGAAUGAUGGCAUAUAUUCCAAGUACUUGUUUUCUUUCCCUGGGAAUGGCAGAUACAGCCUGAAAGCUCAUGUCCAAGCUAACAGGACUAUUGUGCCACAAACUGCAAAGCUGUGGAGUCAUGCCAUGUAUAUACCAGGUUAUGUAGAAAAUGGUAAACUCAAGAUGAACCCAUCAAGACCCCCAGCUAUUAAAAGUGAUAUUCAAGUCAGAAGAGGAGGUUUCCAUAGAACAGCUGUGGGAGAAUCCUUCAUAAUAUCUGCAGUUCCAAUGGGACCUCAUGCUGAUGUGUUUCCACCAUGUAAAAUUAUUGACCUUGUGGCCAGAAUAGAAGAUGAUAAGGUCAUUCUAUCAUGGACAUCACCAGGAAAUGAUUUUGACAAAGGCCGAGCUGCAAGUUAUGAAAUCAGAAUAAGUGAGAGUCCUCUGGAACUAAGGGACAGCUUCUAUAACACCGGUGUAGUGAAUACUUCCACUCUCUCACCUCAGCAUGCUGGCUGCAAAGAAAUAUUUGCAUUUAAACCAGAAGCUUUUACAACAGGAAACAUAACCAUAAUUUACGUUGCGAUGCGUGCCAUUGAUGAUUUUCUUCACUCUGAGCUGUCUAAUAUUGCACAAGCUGUAAAGUUUGUUCCCCCAAUGGUGUAUCCCACUUCUAAUACGGAGUUUAGUUUUUCAACGAUAUUGUUACUAGUCUUUGGAUUACUAACAGUAGUGUGUAUUACAGUAAGCACAACCCUUUGUUUAGUAAAGAAAACAAAGAAAAAGACACUUUCAGAAAAUGCAGCUAAGUUUCUUUAACAUAAAGUGUCAGAGCUUGUUAGAACUCCAGAUAUUUAAAAACAUUUAACUGCUUUGACUUGGAAAAGUAGAUAUCCUACAAUAAACAGAAUAAAUAAGUAAUCACA